CAGUUUCAGUUUAGUUCAGUCGCGUGUGUGCAACGCUUCGAGUCGGUAAUCGGUGGUGGUCGUUGGUCGGUGGUCGGCAGUUCGUGGCUAUAUAGCUGGUCUAUCAUGUGAUUAAAAUCGGUCCGGCAGCUAAGAAGACAACAUCUGUAUUCGCGCACGUAUCGGCAUCGCUAUAGCUAUAGCUAUUGACUCACCGCGACCGCCGGACAGUGGCAUCAACUGUUUUCGCGGGCGGUACGAUGGCGAUGAUGGCACUGCGUGCGCUUGCCGCGCUCGUUCUCCUCGUCACGCUGGCCAGCCCAGCUUGGCCCAUUACCUGCUACGAAUGUGAUUCCGUCAAUAAUCCAGGGUGUGGGGAGCAAUUUUCCGGCGAUGACAUAUCCACGACGGAUUGCGAUGUGGUGGCAAAUAUGCGUGCUCUAGGCCAGGAGGCAACGUGCAUCACCAAGUUCCUCGAUGGAUCGCCUGGAGACACGCGUUUUGUAAGGCGAUCCUGUUACUUCGGUGAUUCAUCGCAAAUAGGCUUUACUUGCGAUGAUGGUCCGGAUCCUGUGGUGCCAUAUAUGAGUUUCCUAGGAUGCACACUCUGCAACACGGAUCUGUGCAAUGCGGCAUCAGGAAGAGUUGGACUAUCUUUGGCCACCACUUUUACGGUAUUUGGUCUACUUUUUCUACUUACCAACUAAGGGAAAUGCGACGAGCUUAGAAAGGCGAUGAAUUUCAAUGUAUCCUAUUACCCAAUAUGUACUCCAGUAUUGUAUAAGAGAUCGAUGUAUCCAUAUGGCAAAUUAACCAACAGGAGACCCUAGCUGGUAUUAUUUUUUAAAGUUUUUCUAAUUCAAAUUAUUUUUUACGAUGUUUUAAGAAGAGAAGAAACUCAAAGUUGAUUUUUGUUUAAUUUUCAUUUUAUUUAAUUUUGUUUCCGUUGUUUUUAUACAUCCACUAAAAUGAUUUAACAUACAUAUAUCUUUAUAUAAUAUAAUUAUUCUUGUUUGAUUUAAUAUAAUUUAUUGAAUAAAAUUUACUUGUCUCCUACUUUA